UGAGCGGACCCAGCGCUGCGCACAAGCACAGCAACCACACUCGCUCCCAGAGGGAAGGAGAACGCAUCACAGCUACAGAUCGCCAUUUAGCUGUAGUGUGGCGAAUCCAAUCAGCAUUGUAGAAUGCCUCUUGGAGAGGAUGGAAAUGGAUGGAAAAAGAAGACGUCAGACAUCAAAGAACAUUAUGACUUCAAAGAAGUGCUGGGAACGGGCGCUUUCUCUGAGGUGGUUCUAGCAGAGGAAAAGAGGACUCAGAGGCUUGUGGCCAUUAAGUGCAUUCCCAAGAAAGCGUUGGAAGGCAAAGAGAACAACAUUGAAAAUGAGAUCGCAGUCCUACACAGAAUCAAGCACCCCAAUAUUGUUUCACUGGAGGACAUCUUUGAAAGUACAUCCCACCUUUAUCUUGUCAUGCAGCUGGUAUCUGGAGGUGAGCUUUUCGACAGAAUUGUGGAGAAAGGUUUCUACACAGAGCGAGAUGCCAGCCAGCUCAUCCAUCAAAUCUUGGAUGCAGUCAAAUACCUCCAUGAUAUGGGGAUAGUCCACAGAGACUUGAAGCCGGAGAAUUUGCUGUACUACAGUAUGGAUGAAGACUCCAAGAUUAUGAUCAGUGACUUUGGAUUGUCAAAAAUUGAGGGGGCGGGCAGUGUCAUGUCCACAGCCUGCGGGACUCCUGGAUAUGUGGCUCCUGAGGUGCUCGCUCAGAAGCCGUACAGUAAAGCGGUGGAUUGCUGGUCCAUAGGAGUUAUUUCUUAUAUUCUAUUAUGUGGAUAUCCUCCGUUUUACGAUGAAAAUGACGCCAAGUUGUUUGAGCAGAUUCUGAAAGCAGAAUAUGAAUUUGACUCUCCAUAUUGGGAUGACAUCUCAGAUUCAGCCAAAGACUUCAUCUGUCAUCUGAUGGAAAAAGACCCUUUGAAGAGAUACACGUGUGAGCAGGCCCUGCAGCAUCCAUGGAUAUGUGGUGACACAGCUCUGGAUAAGAACAUCCACGAAUCUGUCAGCGCACAAAUCAAGAAGAACUUUGCCAAAAGUAAAUGGAAGCAAGCAUUUAAUGCCACAGCGGUGGUGCGCCACAUGCGGAAGUUGCAGCUGGGCACUAGUCUCGAGGGACCCAGUCAGAUUACUCCCACCAGUCCCUGCCAUGGACAUCUGCUCCCAGAGGAGGAGGAGGAGGAGGAGGAUUUGGGGAAUGGGGAGGAGGAGAGCUUGUCUCACUACGAGGACGGCCGUCGUGGAAGCAAUGAGGGCAGCACAGAUCGGGACAGCCUGAGAAGCUGCACCUACUGCUGCAGGCCAACUAGUCGCAUCUGAGCACAACCUGAUGGUGUUGUCAUGUGACAUCCCUGAAGCGCCCAGAGCCCGCCCA